AUGAACGACUGUAUUGGCAAACGAGUAAUAGCAUUAGUUGACAUGGAUUGUUUCUACUGUCAAGUAGAGGUUCAACACAACCCGUCGUUGACUGGAAAGCCGGUGGCAGUCGUUCAAUACAACAGUUGGAGAGGUGGGGGGAUAAUCGCAGUGAAUUAUGAGGCAAGGGCAAAGGGGGUAAACCGACAUAUGAGAGGAGAUGAUGCAUUACAGGCUUGUCCAGAUUUAAAUUUGGUACGUGUGAAGGAGCUCCAUGGAAAAGCAGAUUUAUCAAAAUACCGUACAGCCAGUCAAAAAGUAUUUGAGGUUCUCAGUCAAUUUAGUUCUUGUGUGCAAAGAGCUAGUAUUGAUGAGGCUUAUGUUGAUUUAACUAGUGUGGUAAAUCAUCAUAUUUCAUCUAAUCAUAAUGUAAUAACGGAAAAUGACCUACCCAAUACAUUUGUUGAAGGAUAUUCAGAUGAUAACUCAAAAGAAGAUAAAAAUGUGAAUUUAAAAUCUUGGCUCCAUGAUGUGUACAAUAAUGAGUUACAAGAUGACUAUUUACUCCGCUUAACAAUUGGUGCUAUGAUGGUUGAAAAAUUAAGACAAUCAAUUUUUGAACAAACUGGUUUUCGUUGUUCAGCUGGUAUUGCAAAUAACAAGAUUUUAUCUAAGCUUGCUUGUGGGUUACACAAACCUAAUCAACAAACAAUGUUGCCACCUUCUAGUGUACCUCAUUUGUUUGAAACCAUACCAAUAAAAAAAAUAAAAAAUUUAGGUGGUAAACUGGGAGAAAGAAUAAGGAAAGAAUUUAACUGUGAAUUCAUGUCUGAUUUAGCUGCAAUACCCCUAAAUGAUUUACAACAAAAGUUUAACGACAAGACAUGUAACUUUUUGUAUCAAAUCUCCAAAGGUAUAGAUAAUGAGCCUGUGGAAUCUAGACUUAUACCCAAAUCAAUAGGCAGUUGUAAGUCAUUUCCUACGGGGCUAAAAGCCAAAGAAGAAAUAAAAAAAUGGUUGAACACGUUGAUGAAUGAUAUUGUAGAUAAAUUAAAAGAUGAUUAUGAAGCUAAUAAAAGAAAAGCAACACUGAUGACUAUAAGUGUUAGAUACUUAGAUAGAAAAACAAAAUUGCCGACAUCACAGUGUUUUGAAGUUACUACGUAUAGUCAUAAUAAACUAUUGGAUACUGCCUAUUCAUCAUUAUGCACCAUGACUGAAAAUCAAAAGUCUUUACAUUGGAAAAAUCCGAUAUCUUUUUUAGGUGUAGCUAUUGGAAGGUUUGUGGAAAUGAAUGCAAAAUCAUCAAUAGAUAAUUAUUUCAAUAAGGGAGCUGCCAAAGAAGUGAAAAAUAUUAAUAGUCCAUUGACUAAACCAGAAAACAGUACGACUUCCUCUGAUAUCAAUAGUGAAAGUAAUAGUUCUAUGCUAUUGAAUGAACAACAAUUCAAAUCUAAAAUUAGUUUACCACUAUCAAAUCAACCUCCGCCAUCAUUAAAUCACUCUAACAAUAAAAAAAACAAAACAUGUAUUAAUGAUGUAAAGAAUUUAAAAACUAUGUUUGAUCAAAUGAAAAAUUCUGAUAGUUUCUUCACUAAUUCUUCCUCAACAUUACAGAGUGUGGAUCCUAAAAAAGAAAUUAAGCAAUAUAAACUUGACAAGAACAGUUUUUUUACAAAAAAACUGGAAAUUAUUUCUCCAGUUAAGAAUCAAGUAAAAGAGAAAAUGACAACAGUUGAACAAUCUUCCUCGACAAGUUCCGUGGGAUUUUUAUUGGAAAGCUCUGAUGUUAUUUCUCCUUCAAAAAAUAUAUUAAAUGAUAAUCAUAACAUAACAACUCAACCAGCAGAUAGCUUUUUUUCAAGAAAACUGGAAAAUGUAUCGCCUUCGAAAAACCAAAUAACUAAUGAUUCAAGAAUAGAGUUAGUACCAAUUGUUCAAUCUAUCAUUACUAAAGAUACUAUUGAAUUUACUCCUAUAACAUUAUUAUGUGAGCGGUGUGACAACAUGAUUGAUAUAGAUACAUACGAUGAACACAUAGAUCAUCACGUAGCAAUAGAAUUGAGCGAAAGUUUGAAUAUUAUUAACCCUGUACAGCCAUUAAAUAAUAAAAUACUAAAAAGUAAACCAACAAAAAAGAAAAAAAAUGAAUGCGGUCUAAAACGUAAACAAAAUUCAAAAGCUUCAAGUUCAAAUCCUAAAAAACCAUGCACAAGUAUUUCAUCAUACUUCAAACCACUAUUAAACCCGUAA